AUGAUUCUAUUUAAAAUUUUUAACAAGAAAAGUCGAAAUUAAUUUUCUAAUUUUUAAUUUUUAAUAAUAGAUGUGCUCAGGACAAAUAGCUCCUUUAAAGUGUGUUCACGUGGACGAUAUUGAUAUCAACUUCAAGGAUUCCUUAUAUGAUGCCUCAUACAUUUUAUAUAAUCAUCAAAUCCAUUCCAUCUGGCUUGUAGGACAUAUCAAAGACGUAAAUCAUGAACUUGAAUUUUUCGACUUUGACGACAAUUCAGGCCGACCUCUUAGAAUCCAGUAUUGUAGGAAGUAUAUCGAACCGCAAGUAAAAGACAAGAACAUUAUCAAGGUUGGUAAUAGGGUUUCUAUUAUCUGCGGCAUUUCACAUCUAAUUAUCGGAAAAGAAGCAUAUUUAAACUUCAGGGUGAACAGGAUUUCCAAAGCCUAUGAUUUUAACCCAGAAUAUUUCUCCGCUAAGGUAAAUGAAUGGUUAGUAUUUUUUUGGACAAAUAAAUGUCAUUCGAAUACAUGA